AUGAAAGAAGACAUCUUUUGUCCUGUCAUCACUAUUGUACCAACAACUUUUCAAAUUUAUGUAUACGACAAUGCGAAUUAUAAGUCUCUGGAACUCAUCGAUAACACCUCGCCUUAUGCACUGACUGGCUCUAUCUUCACCGCAAACCGCAAAGCCCUUCUAUUUGCGCAAACAAGCUAUGCAACGCUGCUGGUAACGUAUAUCACAACGAGAAAUGCACUGGCGCGGUUGUGGGUCAACAACCCUUUGGAGGAGGACGAAAUGAGUGGAACCAACGACAAAGCUGGGAGUAUUAGGAUCUUCUAUCAGUUCGUUUCGGUGAGAAGCAUCAAGGAGAGUUUCAUGGGCCUGGAGGACUUCCAAUACCCGUCAAACUUGUUUCGAAAUAAUUGGUAUCAAGACAAAAAUGCAAAAACAUUUGUGGAUGACGAAUUUUAUGGCAUCCUGGGGAACAAUGAGCACUAG